AUGACAUCUACAGCUAACGUCCCCAGAGUUAGUGUCAAUCAAAGCAUCGACGAUAGGAAUGACUUGGUAGCCCACGGAACUGUGUACGAUGACGUUAAGUAUCCAUAUGUAAUAAUGGUGAGAGGCAUUGCUCACACGUGUACUGGGUCGCUAAUCCAACCGCUGUUCGUGUUGACCGCCGCCCACUGUUCGUGGCAAAUGGCCGCCAAAGACAUGAAGGUGUACCGCGGCCAUGUCUCCAAAUCUUGGAGAAACCCAGAUCUGAAGAGAGAUGUGCAGGUCAUCCACCAGCACGAAGGUUAUACGCCAUCAACCCAAACGCCGGACAUAAGUCUGUUAGAAGUAUACUCACGAAUAACAACUAAACGGAUGACAUCCGAGUGGAAAGGGUUUGACUCCUUCGCAGUGAUCGGCGGAACACCAGAAGAAUUUGCAAAUGACAGAACUAUUAAUUGUGUCGUCAUUGGAUUUGGUCAAAGAGAAUUGCAGCAAGUUGCUAAAUCGGAUGGGUACCAAACAGAAGUGGUGACUGGACACGGGCCGAAUGCAUGCGCUCAGCCUUGGGCAAUCGACGGUUGGCAGAAGUUUUUGUGCGCACAACCCAAUAAACAAAUGGUGUGUCAAGGUGACAGCGGCGGACCUAUGAUCUGCAAUGAUAAGUUAUACGGAUCAGUCAAGGACGGUUAUAAUUAUAAGUAUAACAACGAUACAGUAUGUGGCGAUCCAGAUGUGCAGACCAGACAUAUAUUCUUGUAUUACUACAGAGAAUGGAUCGAUAAUCAAAUAAACGGUGAUAGCUACGACGAUUACUACGAUAAUACACCAACCAACCGACAAUAUUUUACCAUAGUUGCGUUUUUCGCCAUUCUAUCGCUGAGCGGGCAAGUUGUAUUUUAUUCGAUCUGA